AACCGCAGUCAGCUGAUGCUCCUCCCAGCUGACUUCGGCGUCGGGCUUGCGUAGAUCAAAUGUUAGCUUCAAUCAGUCUUCAGUCAAGGUGGUCGGUUAGUUUGGCUGCCAGACUUUUGCACCUAACGGAAAAAGUAUAUUUUGGAGUUGGGAAUAAGUUCAGCGUGAGCAGUAUGAGUGCACCAGCUCAGCAGCAGACCGACAGAGGGAAGUGUGUCUUCUGCAGAAUCUGUGAUGGAGUUGAGCCAAAUAACAUCUUGCAUCAGGAUGAUGAAUUUGUGGUGUUCCCAGACAUCAGGCCAGCAGCUCCCCACCACUACCUGAUUGUCCCAAGGCACCACUACAUUGAUGUCAAAAACCUCUCGGCAGACCACAUCCCCAUGGUCGAGAAGAUGGUUUCCCUUAGCAAGGAAGUGUUGAUAGCUCAGGGCGGUUGUGAGUCCACUGCCAGACUUGGGUUCCAUUGGCCGCCCUUCCACACGGUCAGCCACCUCCACCUCCAUAUCAUUGCACCUGAGGCAGAGAUGGGCUUCAUUGCGCGGGGGAUGUUCAAAAAGGAUUCAUUUUGGUUUGUUAGUCCCGAGACAGCCAUUCAGAGACUCCGACAGAAGAUGUAGCACAUAGUUCAGUACUCGACAGUGGUGAAUCCCAACAUUGUGCUCGGCACAAUCUAACCCUCCAUAGAGUCUGUCACUGUCGUGCAAAUUUUUUCAGGAGGAGGCUGUUUGAUAAUUGAUGAAGAUAACAAUUUGACAAUAAAGACAUGUUGUAGAAAUGAUUAGAAAUAGAUGUUAUAUAUGUGGGAAAUUGAAGGAGUGUUGAUUAAUCUGAUAUAUUUUUAAUUAUUACUUAGAAAUUAUUUUAUAUAAGAUUUUGCACAUAACCCACAUCAGUGCCAUAACUAUGAGCAAAAUAAUAUUUUUCCUAUUGCUUUGUUUCCUUUGGUACUAUAUAUUGGUUUUUAAAUUUAGUUUUGAGUCUUACUGUAAAAACAGAGCAUUUGUCGUAUAUAUUGUGAGAUUUUUCUUGCACUUCUAGCAUGAGAUAUAGAAUUUAUUGCAUGGAAUAUUAAAAGAAAAUUGUACUACAAGGUCCACUUCUGAGCCAAAGCAUGUGACAUAGAAUGUUUCCCUCAUAAAUGUUGUAAGUCUA